AUGUCUAUAACUAGUGCUACUACCUCUAGUAAUGCUGGUAAUAUACUAAUAGCGGACUUGCCUCCACCACUACAUUCAUCUUCAUCUUCAACUUCAUCCCCUAAUAUCGCAUUAUCAAUCAAAUUAAAUCAAGAUUUCAUUCAUCAAUUAAAAUCAUAUAUUGCAAAGACUCCUUCUUCUGGUAAUAAAAUUAAAUUGGUAGUUAAAAAUGGUCAAGUAUCUAUUAAAUUAAAUGAUGAAAUACAAUAUCCAUGUUUGAAAUUCCCCGAGAAUUUACCUAUUGAUGUAUAUUCUAACAAUAAUUAUGAUGGAAGAAUAAUCAAUAAAUUAACCGUGGUCACUGAUUCCAAGAAAAUCAAACAUUACAAUACUUCUAAUCGUGUUAGUAAUGACGUUGAGAAAGAUCGUGAUGUCCAUUCCAGUAUUAUAACUCCAAUAGGUACCCCUAAAGAUUUGAAUAAUACUACUAUUAUACCGUCUAAUAAUAAUAGGAAAGAAAAACAACUAUCACCACAAAAACAGAAAUCCAUAAUUGAUGUUUAUGGUGGUGAUUCUCGUAAUCCAUACAAAGUAUUGGAUGAAGGUAACAACUACGAGGCACUUGAUACCACGACAACGAUUUUCAAGAAAUUUUUGCAUUUAUUAGCAUUAGGACCAAUUACAUUACCUCAUAUUAUAACUAUACUAAAUUAUGAUGAAGAAGAACUUUAUAAUUGGUUAAAUGUUUAUGGUCAAUUAUAUAAUCCUAAAGAUCAAUUUAUUCAACAAGAUAAAUUUCCUUAUAGUGAUUAUGAUUAUGAUAAUGAUAAUAAUUCCAAACCCGUCAAAUCUAAUAAUACUGGAAUGGAGAAAUGUUUCAUUUUAAAAGAUAAAAGUUAUAAAGAAUUGUUACCUUGGAAAUGGCAAUAUAAUGAUUAUGAAAGAUCUUUAGUGUUGAAUAAUGUUAAUAAUGCCUUGACAAGAAUAGGAUUUUCUUUAACUCAUCCAUUAAGAAAGAAAAUUAUUAAUAAUGAUUAUAAUAAUGAAAGUCGACAUCAUAAUAAUAGUAAUAAUAAUAAUACUAGUACAAACAAUGGUGAAGAAAAGACUAACAGUCAUCUUGGUGGUGGAUUAUUGGUGUCGAAAAAGAAAUUUCCAACUCGACCACCAGUAGCGAGUACCCCACCACCACCACCACCACAACAACAACAACAACAGCAUACAUCAAUAUCUACAACUACCUCACCAUCAGUAUCAUCAGCAUCAACUAACCCUAUUGAAGUAAAAAAAAAUGGGAAUAGAAUCACUAAACUGAUUUCGAAAAGUCCUACAGGAAUAAAUACCCCAAGUAGUAGUGAUGUUUCAUCUAAAUCUUCAAAAUCAAGGAAAAGAAAAUUAUCAAGUUCCAGUUCAAGUUCCAAUUCUUCGUUAUCUGAUGAUAAUUUAACGUCUAACAUUGGUACUACUAAUGCAACUAGUUAUAAACUGAAUUAUAAUUCACCUCCUUCAGAACAAGAAUUUGAUGAUCAUUAUUAUUCAUCAUCAUCAUCUUCUUCUUCAUCUAACACCACUUUUGGAUUAUCUAAUCAAGAUCAACAAAAUUUACCACCUUCUUUAUCAUCGAAAAUGGAUUAUUAUACGAAUUUGGCUAAUAAAUUUAGAAUCAAAUAUAAAGAAUAUUCUCAAUUAUAUAAUCAUUUAUUACAAAAUUCAUCAACUUCAUCAAAUAGUAAUAAUUCAAGUUAUAAGAAAAAUUUAAUGAAAUUAUUUGAAUUACAUCAAUUAUUAAGUCAAUGGAAAAAAUUAUUAUGGGAUUUUGAUAAAGAUUUAAAAUUAAAACAAAAUUUGACUCAAUUACACGUUCAAAAAAGAAAUGAAAAAACUGUUAAUGUUGGUAAUACAACAACAACAACUAGUACUACUACUACUUCAAUUAAGAAUUCUAAUAUUGCUAGUGGUGGUGGUGGUGGUGGUGGGAAUAAUAAAAGUCCUUUGAAAAAACGUAAAUUAAUUAUGGAUUAUUGA